CUUCUCCUUCUAAGUCUUUCCAACUCCGAUCUCUAUUAUAUCCUUAUAUAGAAACGCUACACACAAACAAAAGCUUUACUUUUUUAAUAGUUUGUGUUACUCAUCGCCUGCUAAUAGCUGAGGGCAAAUAACAUAAUUCCCAAUAUGAAGUUACUUGGUUGGAUGCACCGUAAGUUUCGUCAAGGUAGUGGUGAACCGCUCAAAGAUUUCUCCUUAGGGCAUCCCUCGUUGGAUGACAUACAAUGCUACCCGAAGUCAAAUUACUUCGCCAAGUCAACUUCCAAAUCCCAGAGAGACAACCUCCUCCGCAAAUCCUUUGCAUGCACGGAGGUUUCCGCCGACAGCCGCACCGACGAAGUAUAUCAGUACUAUGACCACCGUGACUCCUCCACCGAAGCUCUCUCCGACCUCUUCCGCGGCUUCCUCGCCAUCGGAACUCUGGGCGGGGACCCACUCACUGACGACCCUUACUCCACCCCCACCUUCUCCAUAUGCAUGGAGAACAUAGCUGAGAAAGAGACUGAAGUCACAGAGAACGACCUCCGGAUGAUCAACGACGAGCUCGAGAAGGUCCUCGGCGGGGACGAGAUCACCUCCGGGCGGAACAGCAUGGUCAGCAACGCCCGCAGCAGUUACUGCGGCACCAUAACUCUGUCCGGAAAGCAGCUGGAGAACAUAGAGAGUGGCGGGGCUACUAACAUUUGUCCUCUCCAAGGGUACCUCUUUGGGUCUGCCGUCGGGCUGCCGGAGACGACAGCUGCCGGGAACAAGAAAGAGCCGAGGCCGUCUCUUGGAGAGCUUUUCCAGAAGACGAAAAUGGUGGAUGAGAACAGCCAGGGUGGAAACAAAGGGGAGAAGCAGCGCGGUGGGGAGAAUAAUAAAGAGAAUGAGAAGUCAGCUGUUCAUCUCUUGAAGAAGAUACUGAAGAAAAGAAUCAUUCAUUCUUCUUCUUCUUCUAAGGGCUCAACCACUGAUUCUGCUGCUGAGACUAAACUCAACAAGGUACUCCAAAUGUUCCACAAGAAAGUGCACCCAGAGAGCAUAGGAACAGCAGCAAAAGUUGAGAAGGGCUCCAACAAGAGUGACAACCUCAGCAGCAGCAGGAACACCCGCCUCAUGUAUGACAGCGUCUUCGGGUCCGCCCGUGAAGACGUCGCGCUCAUGCCGAAGCGCCGCCGCAUGUCACGGGACAACUUGAGGCGUCUCAAGAGCCAAUCCAGCUUGCGCCGCCAUCAGCUCGCCGCCAUUGCUUCUGCCGAUCCCAAUGCCAACAAAGAAUGUUGGAUCAAAAGCGACGCCGAUUACUUGGUUUUGGAGCUCUAAAUCAGGCAGAUCCAGAUUCACCGCCAGCAAUUAUGAUGUAUGGGUUGAUGAAACUCUUAAUAUAUUAUUUAUCGGUUAAUUAUAUAUACCAAUUAUAUAUGUCUGAGUGAUUGUGUCUUGACAUCGUUGAGAGUGAACUUUGCAGCAUCAGAACAAUAAUAUGUUUUAAAGAGUGCUUCUCUUUAGUUUAUGAUUAUGAUGAUUCUUAUGUACAAAUACGUUUAAGAUGCUUGGACAAAGUUGAGGAUGAUUGAUGAUGCAUUAAAGUAUUUAUAUAUUAAUUUUGGUGUCACAUUAUUA